GUGUCACGCUACUCUUACAGGAAGAAGAGAGGGCUUCUUCGUCUCUCACGCCAUUCGAUUGGCCGCAGAUGAUCUAAUCACGAUGCAGAUAUCCAAUAUAAAAGCUUCAGUUGUUUUCUUUCGCUUGUUGUUUGUUUUUGCCAUCUUAUCACCUUCCUAGAAUUCCGCCUUUGGCUUUCCCACACAUCAUGCUUACAUUCGCACACUUGUUCCCCGAUUCCUCUCCAGUGCAUUCCUACAACGGCGGAAAGAAAAAGAAACAAAGACGAUCAAGCAAAGUAUUCUCUCCAUUCUCAUGCUCUCUCGAGUCCACUACCUCCUCUGCAUCGUCAUCAGUAUCAUUGUCAACAGCAAUACGACCACAACUAGCAGAGCUUCCAAGCGAAAUCCUACUAUUAAUAUUUAACAAUCUCACCGUCUCCGACCUUAUUACCGCCUGCUCGACAAGCCUGUACUUUUACCACAUCAUCAACGUGCACCACAUCCUAGCCGACAAACUGAAAGAAUCCACACUGAGGUUAUACUUUGACCAAGAAUCUCGCUGGCGCUGCGCACUCGACAUGAAGCUGGUCCGACACGACGCUCAUCGAUUCACUUUUAAACCCAUCAAUCAAGACACCGGUUUCCGCAUGUUUAGCUCAAGAGUGUUGCGCGACCCAUCGCUGUACAAGGUGACUCUGGACGGACAAAACAUGAUGUCAACUAAGAGGUCAACGUCGCUUAAAAUUAAGUCGAUGAUCGCGUACUGGAAACCCCUGGAUGCCAUGGCGGAUUUCGUCUAUAGCGUACAUCCGACACCAGCGGGCUGGGCAAAAGCUCGACCUGGAGAGCGGUGGAUGCUGCCCCUGCUGUUCGAGUGUCACCCGCGCUGGUUUAUGCACCACCACCACCACCACCAUCAUGGUUACACGAGCACCAAACAGUUGACGCAUCGCGUUAUGGAAGUAUUUUCAUGAUAAGCACACAAACAAAGAUUAGAACGCUAUUACCAUUUGUACUGCCACUAUGUACUACUACUACUACUACUACUACUUGGCACAUACCUUAUAUGGCGGCAUAUCCUAAUCAUAAAAAAAGAGCAGCAACGCAUAUCUAUAUACACUCUAUUCCUUUUCUGCCAAAGGGAACAUGCACGCACUCUUCAUCCGACUCAAUCUUCCCC